CGGACCCUCAUACAGGCCUGUAGAAGGAGAAAAAAGGGGUCGGAAUAGGCCAAAAUUUCCCCCACAUAUGUGUAUCCUGUAAUGUCACGCAUUUAUAAUUAAUUAUUCAAAAUUGCAUGGGCGGUAUAUUUUGGCAUGAAAGGUGGCAACCCUAGUUUGUUGCGUAGCAGUGGUCACCUGAAGGUCACUUUCUUUAUUUUACCGACCCUGAUUUGGGGAUUUUCUUAGGUGACCAAUUAUAAUGCAGCAGGCACAGGUAAUGUGCGGUUAUUGGAGAGCUCCGAUCACAACGUGCAUUUUAUGCUGUGAAUGAGACUCACAACACCUACACAGCAGCAAUCGUCCAUUGUAAUAGCAGCCUAGUUUCCAUAGGAACUGAAGGAGGGAGAUUGCAGUUCCAGGCUCCAUGAGCUCAUUCUCUGUCUGCCUCCCUAGAAGAAGGAGGGAGGGGCGGCUGCCUACCCAUCCAGCCAUCCUCAGCAUCAUCACAGCCCCAGCUGCUGAUGUGUGGCUUAUACAGUCAGCUGCAGGAGCAAAAUGGAUUCAGGAUUGAGACAGCUCAGCUUUCCUCUGUGCCAGACCUCAACAUGAUAAGGACUGGAGAGCUGGUGACAAUGGAUGUAGAUGGUUGAAGUCAAAGGGGCUUCCACAAAAGAAGAAUAUUUUACUUCCUGGAAUCCUAACAAACCAGGAGCUCCAACAUCCAUUGGGGAUGGCUAACUAAGAAAAGUGAAGUCAAAGACAAUAACUGUAAGACAUAAUGUCGAAAAAGGGGCGAAACAAGGGCGAAAAGCCAGAAGCCCUCAUACUUGCUCUACAAGCUGCAAAUGAAGACCUCAGGACUAAAUUAACAGAUAUUCAAAUUGAGCUUCAUCAGGAAAAGUCAAAGGUUACAAGACUUGAGAGAGAGAAGACCCAGGAAAGCAAGAGGAUAAAGGAGCAAGAGCAGCACAGACACACGGCUACUGUUUCAGAGCUCAAGGCCAAGCUGCACGAGGACAAGAUGAAGGAGCUUCAGGCAGUAAGGGAGAACCUGAUCAAACAGCACGAGCAGGAGAUGUCUCGGAUGGUUAAACUAAAAGAGGCAGAGAUCCUGAGGUUAAAGUCUGCUGUGAAUGCUCUCCGAGAUGGCAGCAGCGACAAAGUAAGGACAGCUCUGACCACUGAGGCGCGUGAGGAGGCAAGGAAAGUGUUUGACUCUGAGCGCCUUAAGCUCUUACAGGAGAUCACAGAACUAAAGUCUGCUAAGAAACAGGUGGAUGAGGCUCUCAACAAUAUCAUACAAGCUGACAAAAUAAAAGCUGGAGAUCUGAGGAGUGAGCAUCAGUCCCACCAGGAGACGAUUGCAAAAUUUAAAUGGGAAAGUGAGCGGGACAUCCGUAGACUGAUGGAUGAAAUUAAGGCAAAAGACAGGAUAAUAUUCUCCCUAGAAAAAGAAUUGGAGACACAAACCAGUUCUCUCCAGAAACUCCAGUUGCAGAAAGAAGCUUUGGAUGAACAAUUAUUCCUGGUGAAGGAAGCGGAGUGUAAUGUAGGAAGUCCAAAACGUGAAAUCCCAGGAAGGGCAGGAGAUGGAUCAGAACACUGUGGAAGUCCGGAUUUGCGAAGGAAUCAGAAAAGAAUAGCUGAGUUAAAUGCUACAAUCCGUAAACUGGAAGAUAGAAAUACAUUGCUUGUGGAUGAAAGAAAUGAACUGUUACGGAGAGUCCGAGAAGCAGAAAAACAAUGCAAACCUCUCCUGGAAAAGAACAAGUGCCUCACUAAAAGAAAUGAUGAAUUAAUGCAGUCCCUGCAACGCAUGGAAGAGAAGCUGAAAGCCCUUUCUAAGGAGAAUGCAGAGAUGCGAGAGAAAAUCAUAUCUCACCCACCGUUGAAGAAGUUGAGAUCCCUAAAUGAUCUUGACCAGGCUGGGGAGGAACAAGAGAUUGAAUUCCUGAAGUUACAAGUGGUAGAACAACAAAACAUCAUUGAUGAUUUAACACGGGAUAGAGAAAAACUUAUUCGACGAAAAAAGCAUAAAAGAAGUUCUAAGCCUAUUAAGAGACACCUAGUGGACACUGUAUUUGGAUAUGAUGAUGACUCCAUGGAUUCUGAAACAUCAUCGGUAGCUUCUUAUCGAACCGACAGGACGCCAGCCACACCGGAUGAUGAUUUGGAUGACAGUUUAGCAGCCGAAGAGUCUGAGCUAAGGUUUCGCCAGUUGACAAAAGAGUACCAGGCCCUGCAAAGAGCCUAUGCUUUGCUUCAAGAGCAUACCGGCAGUAUGAUAGAUGCCGAGAAAGAGGCACAGAUUCAGGAACAAAUGCAAACAGAUGCCCUACAUUAUAAAGCCAAAAUCGAAGAUCUUGAAAAAGCAUUGGCUGAAAGGGGACAGGAUUCCCAUUGGGUGGAAGAAAAACAGCUUUUCAUGAAAAGAAACCAGGAAUUAAUAGAAAAGAUUGAGAAACUGGAAUCUGAAAAUAAUCGUGUACAACAAGAACUGCAAGAUGCUAGAGACCAGAAUGAGUUGUUGGAAUUCCGUAAUCUGGAGUUAGAAGAACGGGAACGAAGGUCUCCUCCUUUCAAUUUACAGAUUCAUCCAUUUUCUGAUGGUGUCAGCGCCCUACAGAUUUACUGCAUGAAGGAAGGUGUUAAGGAUGUCAACAUACCGGAUCUCAUCAAACAGCUGGAUAUUCUGGGAGACAAUGGGAAUCUAAGGAAUGAGGAACAAGUUGCCAUAAUUCAGGCAAGCACUGUGCUCUCAUUGGCUGAGAAGUGGAUACAACAGAUUGAAGGAGCUGAAGCCGCACUUCAUCGGAAGAUGAUGGAGUUGGAGAGUGACAUGGAGCAGUUCUGUAAACUAAAGGGGUACUUAGAAGAAGAACUGGAUUAUAGGAAGCAAGCACUGGACCAGGCAUACAUGCGAAUCCAAGAAUUGGAGGCCACCCUGUAUAACGCAUUGCAGCAGGAAUCCGUCAUUAAAUUUGGAGAGUUACUCAAUGAUAAGCAACAAGAUGAACUCAGAAUGGCUGUGGAAAAACUGAGGCGACAAAUGCUACGAAAAAGCAGGGAAUUCGACUGUCAAAUUCUGCAAGAGAGAAUGGAGCUUCUCCAACAAGCUCACCAGAGAAUACGAGACCUAGAGGUUAAAACAGAUAUUCAGAAGAGACAGAUUAAAGACUUAGAGGAAAAGUUCCUUUUUCUAUUCUUGUUCUUUUCUCUCGCCUUCAUUCUUUGGCCUUGACAUUAAUGUUACCUCUUGAUCAGAGUUCUAGGAAAUAUGGAUAAGCCCUUGCAAAUAGAUCAAUGCUUCCAUAUUUGUGGAGAGGAGAACGCUGUUUACACCUGCACUGCAGCGACAGACACAAGGCCUUAGAAUUCCAAGCCAUUGCUCCUUAUCUGCUAUGUUAUGUUGCAGUGUGACUGGCCUGAAGUCACAGUAUACAUGCUGCACUCAGUGGAAAUGUAAGCGCUUAUUCUACAAGGAACAACAAACAGGUCAAUAGAAGAAUGCAUCUUGGGCAUAGAACCAAAGCUAAGAAACAAUCUACUCCCUGCUGUGCAGGGGAACAAUAUUAAUGUAACACCAUAUACCCAAUGAAGGAAUUAGGAAAAAAAUAUUAGCUGCAAAUGGACAAAGCCGGAGACGUACCUCCCCCCCAUCCCACCCAGGUUAUUUACAAUAAAAUAUUCAUUGAAUACA